CUUACCUCCAUCUCAUCCCGACCUCCACCAUUCGCCCCUCACGCCCGUGAACAUCUCCUGGUGGUGCGGAGGCGCAGCCCGCACAUGCGUUACACGCUGAGCCCGGAAAACCUUCGCAGCCUUUCGGCACAGGGUGGCUCUGGGAAUGGGCGGAACUCUAGAGGAGGAGCUCCCGAACCGAUGGGCCUGCAGCGGGCCAACAGUGACACCGACCUGGUGACAUCGGAUAGCCGUUCCUCCUUAACUGCCUCUACAUACCAGUUUAUGCUUGGGCGAGGGCAAAACCUGGUCAUCUCUUGGGAUAUCAAGGAGGAGGUGGAUGCCACUGACUGGAUUGGGCUGUACCACAUUGAUGAGACGUGUCUCGCUAACGUUUGGGAUUCGAAGAACCGCGGGGUGAACGGCACUCAGAGGGGGCAGAUCAUCUGGAGGUUGGAGCCCGGACCGUACUUCAUGGAACCGGAGACCAAAAUAUGUUUCAAAUAUUACCAUGGAGUGAGUGGAGCAUUGAGGGCCAUAACACCCUGCAUCACUGUCAAGAACCCUGGAGUUACAGUCGGGGCAGAGGGGCAGGUGGAUGGACAGUCUGUCACAGAACACUGCAGGAAAUUGGUCAGCUUUACUCUGUCAGAUAUCAGGGCUCAGGGUCUGAAGAAGGGCAUGUUUUUUAAUCCGGACCCCUAUCUGAAGAUGAGCAUUCACCCUGGUAAGAGGCACGGCUUCCCUACAUUCACCCACCACGGCCAGGAGAGACGAACCUCCAUCAUAUCAAACACGACUAACUCUGCGUGGCACGGAGAGAAGUACACUUUUGUUGCUCUGAUGACGGAUGUUUUGGAAAUUGAGGUCAAGGACAAAUUUGCAAAAAGUCGCCCAAUCAUCAAACGCUUUUUAGGUCAGCUGACAAUACCAGUGCAGAGACUGCUGGAGAGACAUACAGCCGGGGAUCAACAUGUGAGCUAUACACUUUCACGUCGUCUACCGACAGAACAUGUGAGCGGACAGCUUCACUUCAGGGUGGAGAUCACCUCCAACGGACAUGAAAAUGCCAUGGGAUCUCUGCUGGGAGCCUCCUCUAUGAACGGAGACCCUGGGAGCCCAUCGGAUGAUGAGGAUGUUUUGCAUCCUUCAUCCCGUAUUGCCAGGGGCCCCUCGCCCACCAGCUCUGAAGGGUCCCUGCACGGUGACGCCUUUAGGACUGACGAGUGCAUGAUGGACCCUGAUGAGGAUCGGCUCUUGAGAGACGGAGCUCCAGAGUCUAUCGAAGGAACCCCGGGCCACACUCAUCGCCAGGCCUCGCUUAACGACUACCUGGAUGCCAUUGAAGCCCCUAAGGGCCCCGGAGACAGACCGCUUGGGGCCGCCUCACCUAAACUACGCUCAAGUUUCCCCACGGACACACGGCUCAAUGCUAUGUUACAUAUAGAUUCUGAUGAAGAUGAGGAGGGACACGCCUCCCGGGAUAUGACAUUGACCAAUGGCGCUCAGCGGCCUGAUGGACACACCUCCUCUGAACAGGACAAAGGGGAGGGUCCCGUGAAAGAGAGGCUUGAAGCAGAAGCAGCGAGCAGCGCCACAGAUACAGAGGCCACAGCAUCAGGGUCGAGCAGUGCCACCACAAGGAGCCAAAAUGGAGGUGCUGAGGAUGGUCAGGAAGGAGCUGCUGCCUCUGGAGACUCGACACAAAGCACCAGCAGCGCUCAGCAUCCAGCUCCCAAAAUACAGGAUGAGGAAGGAGUUGCACCCAAGGUGAUCACUGGGGAAGAAGGAUCAUCAGAGGCCGCUACAGUCACAGAGUCCUCAGCAUCUGCCAGCAAUGCAGCUAGUGAAGGGGGCGGAGCCACAGCAGUUAAACAGCCUGAGCAGGGGAACUCCAGUGAGGCAGGCAAUGAGGGGGAGGAAGAUGCCGAAAUCUGGCAGAGGAGGCAGAGCCUGCAAGCAUCAGUGAACUCAUCACAGGCUGAAGGGAUGGAAUUAACCAAUGAAGUGAGGAGGGCAGCUGAUGCAGCACAGGUUGCCACGGUAACAGAAGGAGAGACAGGAGCCAGUGCUCAAGUGAAUGGCCAUCAGCUAAUGCGAUCUCUUCCUUCAGUGCGUCAUGACAUCAGCCGCUAUCAGAGAGUGGACGAGCCUCUUCCGCCAAACUGGGAGGCUCGUAUUGACAGCCACGGCAGGAUUUUCUAUGUGGAUCAUGUGAAUAGAACCACCACCUGGCAGCGGCCCACUGCUCCACCUGCACCUCAGGUCCUACAGAGAUCCAACUCCAUUCAGCAGAUGGAGCAGCUCAACCGAAGGUAUCAGAGUAUUCGGAGGACAAUAACCAAUGAGAGGACAGACGAACAGGCUGCAGAGAUGCCUACAGACGAAACCGACCUGCUGCAUCACUCCAUACCUGAGUACCGUCGGGACGGUGUGGUUGGGCCUACUAGCUCUCGCUCCCGCUUGUCUCUGCUGCUUCAGUCCCCCAGCGCCAAGUUUCUCACCAGCCCGGAUUUCUUUACCAUACUGCAUUCCAACCCUAGUGCCUACCGCAUGUUUACAAGUAACACAUGUCUAAAACACAUGAUCAGUAAAGUGCGACGGGACACGCACCACUUUGAGCGCUACCAGCACAAUCGAGACCUGGUUGCCUUCCUCAACAUGUUUGCUAACAAACAGCUGGAUCUCCCGCGGGGCUGGGAAAUGAAACACGACCACACGGGAAAGCCAUUCUUUGUGGACCAUAACUGCAGGGCGACCACCUUCAUAGACCCACGACUGCCACUGCAGAGCGCCCGACCCAGCAGCAUCCUCACCCACCGCCAGCACCUCAGCCGCCAGCGCAGCCACAGCGCAGGAGAGGUGGGCGAUGACCCUCGGCAUGCUGGCCCCGCUGUACUGCCACGCCCCUCAAACACCUUCACAGCCAGUCGCAACCAGUGUCAAGAUUUAGUUCCUGUUGCCUAUAAUGAUAAAAUAGUGACAUUUUUGCGGCAGCCGAACAUAUUUGAGAUCCUUCAGGAGAGGCAGCCUGAGCUCAUUAGGAAUCACUCACUCAGGGAGAAGGUGCAGUUUAUUCGUAAUGAAGGAGUGUCAGGUUUAGCUCGCCUCUCCAGCGAUGCAGACUUGGUGAUUUUGCUCAGCUUGUUUGAAGAGGAAGUGAUGUCGUAUGUGCCACCUCAUGCCUUACUGCACCCCAGCUACUGUCAAUCACCACGAGGGUCUCCGGUCUCCUCCCCUCAAAACUCUCCUGGUACACAGCGAGCCAACGCACGGGCACCUGCACCGUACAAACGGGACUUUGAAGCCAAACUUCGGAAUUUCUAUCGCAAACUGGAGACUAAAGGCUACGGACAGGGCCCAGGCAAAGUGAAGUUGAUAAUCCGCAGAGAUCAUCUACUGGAGGAUGCGUUCAAUCAGAUCAUGUGCUACUCUCGCAAAGAUCUACAGAGAAGUAAACUCUAUGUCAGCUUUGUUGGAGAAGAAGGACUGGACUACAGUGGCCCCUCACGAGAGUUUUUCUUUCUGGUGUCACGAGAGCUUUUUAACCCAUACUAUGGUCUGUUUGAGUAUUCAGCAAAUGACACUUACACCGUCCAGAUCAGCCCCAUGUCUGCCUUUGUUGACAACCAUCAUGAGUGGUUUCGGUUUAGUGGCCGUAUUCUGGGCCUCGCUCUUAUCCAUCAAUACCUACUGGAUGCCUUCUUCACACGACCUUUCUACAAAGGCCUACUUCGAAUUCCGUGUGAUCUGAGUGAUCUGGAGUAUCUUGAUGAGGAGUUUCAUCAGAGUCUUCAGUGGAUGAAGGACAAUGACAUAGAGGACAUGCUGGACCUGACCUUCACGGUCAAUGAGGAAGUGUUCGGACAGAUUACAGAGCGCGAGCUGAAGCCUGGCGGGGCAAAUAUCCCAGUGUCAGAGAAGAAUAAGAAAGAGUACAUCGAGUGCAUGGUGAAGUGGCGUAUAGAGCGGGGUGUCGUCCAACAGACGGAGAGUCUUGUGCGAGGCUUUUAUGAGGUUGUAGAUGCGCGGCUGGUGUCGGUGUUUGAUGCACGGGAGCUGGAGCUGGUGAUCGCUGGAACAGCGGAGAUUGAUCUGGGAGACUGGAGGAACAACACCGAGUACAGAGGAGGUUACCAUGACAACCACAUCGUGAUUCGCUGGUUCUGGGCAGCAGUGGAGCGAUUCAACAAUGAGCAGAGACUCAGGUUGCUCCAAUUUGUGACGGGGACGUCCAGUAUCCCAUACGAGGGCUUCGCCUCCCUAAGGGGCAGCAAUGGGCCACGACGCUUCUGUGUAGAGAAAUGGGGAAAAAUUACGUCUCUGCCCAGAGCUCACACGUGUUUCAAUCGUCUGGACCUCCCCCCGUACCCCUCGUUCUCCAUGCUGUAUGAGAAGAUGCUGACAGCAGUGGAGGAGACCAGCACUUUUGGUUUGGAGUGAAUGUUGACCUUUGCACUUUGAGCUGAUCAAAUAUACUUCAUUUCCACCACCUGUCUAGAAGAGCAAAGAAAGUAACCAUCUAAACAGACACCAGAAGCACUUAGACGUAUAUUUUGUAAACCGGAUCACUUAAAUAUACUUCCUCGGAAAGAAACAAACAGAAAACGAUCGGUCACACGAGUGAGUUGAACUGGAUUGACAGUGUGGAUGUUCUCUGAAUGUUUCUCAGGCGCAAACAUCGAUGACGCCACAUUGAUCGGCUCUGAUUGAAUCGAGGAGGACGUGUCCACCCAAAUGCAAGGAGGCGUUACUAACUGAUUCAAUUGAAGAACAAAACAAACCCAAAGGACUUUGAUAUUCUCACACUCUUUUUAUCUGUAAAAAAGACUUUUCUACAUAGCAUCAAAAUGCAGCGUGAAAGAACAAAUAUUGUGUUGUGAAAGCUUUUUCAGACGUCUCAGAUCGCCUCAAACACUAUCACACAUGACAAAUGACAGCGCUGCCCUCUAUAUUGAAAUUAAAUGUAUAUGUUCUCUUUUUAUCAUAUUUAUACAUUAGUCCAUCUCAUGUUUGUUUUGACACCAUAUGCUAUCCAAGUAGCCAUCAUGUCAGAUUUGUGACACUUUUGAAUGAAUUUAGUUGUUUAUAUACUCCCACACGCAAUGUUUUCAAAGGGCAUGUUACACUGAAGUGCACUCGCAGACGUACUACAACAUCAUGAAUGUGGCCACUGUGUGCAAACGAUAAAAAAUGAAAAACAGAUGAUUUUUUGACUUUGUAGUCCAACCUUGGCCUUUCUGUUGUCCUCGGAUAACACAAUUUUAUUUCUGAUGACAUUUCGAAAGAGAAUGGUCACACACCUAUUAAAUAAAGCUAUAGAAACAGUUAAAGUCAACAUGAAAUUAAAACGGACCCGAUUUGCGUUAUUAAUAUGCCUCAUUAUGGUAUAAUAACAUUUAAUAACAUGAAGUAAAAUGGCUUUUGUUGCCAUUUCAUGUUGUCUUCCUUAUAUCCAUAUCCUUAUAUAGCUUUA